AUGGAGGUGGCGGUGGAGAAGGCAUCGGCGGCCGCGGCUCCCGCGGCAGCAGCCGCCGCCGGGGGGCCUUCGUCGGCGCCGUGCGGGGAGAACGAAGCGGAGAGUCGGCAAGGCCCGGACUCGGAACGCGGCGGCGAGACGUCCCGGCUCAACCUGUUGGACACUUGCGCCGUGUGUCACCAGAACAUCCAGAGCCGGGCGCCCAAGCUGCUGCCCUGCCUGCACUCGUUCUGCCAGCGAUGCCUCCCCGCGCCCCAGCGCUACCUCAUGCUGCCCGCGCCCUUGCUGGGCUCCGGAGAGACCCCGCCGCCCGUGCCCGCCCCCGGAUCGCCGGGCAGCGGCUCGUCGCCGUUCGCCACCCAAGUUGGAGUUAUUCGAUGCCCUGUUUGCAGCCAAGAAUGUGCAGAGAGACAUAUCAUCGAUAACUUUUUUGUAAAGGACACUACUGAAGUUCCCAGCAGUACAGUAGAAAAGUCUAAUCAGGUGUGUACAAGCUGUGAAGACAAUGCAGAAGCUAAUGGGUUUUGUGUAGAGUGUGUUGAAUGGCUCUGCAAGACAUGUAUUAGAGCUCACCAGAGGGUAAAGUUCACAAAAGACCACACUGUCAGACAGAAAGAAGAAGUGUCUCCAGAGGCAGUUGGUGUGACCAGUCAGCGACCAGUAUUCUGUCCUUUUCAUAAAAAGGAGCAGUUGAAGCUUUACUGUGAGACAUGUGACAAACUUACCUGUCGGGACUGCCAGCUGCUAGAGCACAAAGAGCACAGAUACCAAUUUAUAGAAGAAGCUUUUCAGAACCAGAAAGUGAUCAUAGAUACACUAAUCACCAAACUGAUGGAGAAAACAAAAUACAUAAAGUAUACAGGAAAUCAAAUUCAAAACAGAAUAAUUGAAGUAAAUCAAAAUCAAAAGCAGGUGGAACAGGAUAUUAAAGUUGCAAUCUUUACUUUGAUGGUAGAAAUUAAUAAAAAAGGAAAAGCUCUGCUUCACCAGCUAGAGAGUCUUGCAAAGGACCAUCGCAUGAAACUUAUGCAACAACAACAGGAAGUGGCUGGACUCUCGAAGCAGUUAGAGCACGUCAUGCAUUUCUCCAAGUGGGCGGUCUCUAGUGGCAGCAGCACAGCCCUGCUUUACAGCAAGCGCCUGAUUACAUAUCGAUUACGACACCUCCUUCGUGCAAGAUGUGAUGCUUCCCCAGUGACCAACAACACCAUCCAGUUUCACUGUGAUCCUAGUUUCUGGGCCCAAAAUAUUAUCAACUUAGGUUCUUUAGUAAUCGAGGAUAAAGAGAGCCAGCCACAAAUGCCUAAGCAGAAUACUGUCGUGGAACAGAAUUCACAGCCACCAGGUGGUUUGUCUUCCAACCAGUUAUCCAAGUUUCCAACACAGAUCAGCCUAGCUCAGUUACGGCUCCAGCAUAUGCAGCAACAGGUAAUGGCUCAGAGGCAACAGGUGCAACGGAGGCCAGCACCUGUGGGUUUACCAAACCCUAGAAUGCAGGGGCCCAUCCAGCAGCCUUCCAUCUCUCAUCAGCAACCUCCUCCACGUUUGAUAAACUUUCAAAAUCACAGUCCUAAACCUAAUGGACCAGUUCUUCCCCCUCAUCCUCAACAGCUGAGAUACCCACCAAACCAUAAUAUACCACGACCAGCAAUAAAACCUAAUCCCCUACAAAUGGCUUUUUUGGCUCAACAAGCAAUCAAGCAGUGGCAGAUCAGCAGUGGGCAGGCUGCCCCAGCAACCACCAGCAGUACAUCCUCCACUCCUUCCAGUCCCACUAUUACCAGUGCUGCAGGAUACGAUGGAAAGGCUUUUAGUUCACCUAUGAUUGAUUUAAGCUCACCAGUGGGAGGCUCUUAUAAUCUUCCUUCUCUUCCAGAUAUUGAUUGUUCAAGUAGUAUUAUGUUGGACAACAUUGUGAGGAAAGAUACAAGCAUAGAUCAUGGCCAGCCAAGACCACCAUCAAACAGAGCAGUGCAGUCACCGAAUUCAUCAGUACCAUCUCCGGGCCUUGCAGGACCUGUUACUAUGACUAGUGUCCAUCCCCCUAUACGUUCACCUAGUGCCUCCAGCGUUGGGAGCCGAGGAAGCUCUGGCUCUUCCAGCAAACCAGCAGGAGCUGAUUCUACACACAAAGUCCCAGUAGUUAUGUUGGAGCCAAUCCGAAUCAAACAAGAAAACAGUGGACCACCCGAAAAUUAUGAUUUUCCAGUUGUUAUAGUGAAACAAGAAUCAGAUGAGGAAUCUAGGCCUCAAAAUACCAACUAUCCAAGAAGCAUACUUACUUCCCUGCUCUUAAAUAGUAGCCAGAGCUCUGGUUCUGAAGACGCUGUGCUAAGAUCUGAUGCCCCUGAUAGCACUGGAGACCAGCCUGCACUUCACCAGGAAACUCCCUCUAAUGGGAAGUCUGAGUGGCUAGAUGCCUCCCGGAAGUCCCCCCUUCAUGUUGGAGAGACAAGGAAGGAGGACGACCCCAAUGAAGACUGGUGUGCAGUUUGUCAGAAUGGAGGAGAGCUACUGUGCUGUGAAAAGUGUCCCAAAGUAUUCCAUCUCUCUUGUCACGUGCCCACACUGACAAACUUUCCAAGUGGAGAAUGGAUUUGUACUUUCUGCCGAGACUUAUCUAAACCGGAAGUGGAGUAUGAUUGUGUUGCUCCCAGUCACAAUUCAGAAAAAAGGAAAAAUGAAGCCCUUUCUAAAUUAACACCAAUAGAUAAAAGGAAAUGUGAGCGCCUACUUUUAUUUCUUUACUGCCAUGAAAUGAGCCUGGCUUUUCAAGACCCUGUUCCUCUAACUGUGCCUGAUUAUUAUAAAAUAAUUAAAAAUCCAAUGGAUUUGUCAACCAUCAAAAAAAGAAUUCAAGAAGAUUAUUAUAUGUAUACAACGCCUGAAGAUUUUGUAGCUGAUUUUAGACUGAUCUUUCAAAACUGUGCUGAAUUCAAUGAGCCUGAUUCGGAGGUAGCCAAUGCUGGUAUAAAACUUGAAAGCUAUUUUGAAGAACUUCUAAAGAACCUUUAUCCUGAAAAAAGGUUUCCUAAGCUCGAAUUCAGGAUUGAAUCAGAAGGUAACAGAUUCAGCGAUGAUUCAGACGAUGACUUUGUGCAGCCCCGGAAGAAGCGGCUGAAGAGCAUCGAGGAGCGCCAGCUGCUUAAGUAAGCAGCUCCCUCAACAUGGGCUGGCCUUCCGUUCAUUCGUCCUCUCCUUCAAGAAAAUUCUUCUGUUAAUUUAACAUCAAGGCAAAGCAGAGGCUUGAGCUCUCAGAUCUGUUUUUGAAGUUUACUGAACUUUGAUUUUCUUAAUAACCCAUUUCUCUUAACCUCUUAUUAAUAAGAAUCAGAAAGGAAAUGUUGAGUGGAAGAAUAGAAAUGAAAGGAGAGGAAGAGGAAAAGGAAAAAAGAAACAACACAGUAAAAAGACUUCAUACUUCUUUGAUUUCAAAUCCCCGUCUGGAGUGAAGGCUACUAUAAGCAAGAAGUGGACUUUGUAUGAACUCUUAAGUUGGAAAUGUAAUGUGAUUUGAAUGUGCGCCUUAGUGCAUUUGUAGAAUGUUAAUGCCACUACCCGUUAAUUAUGGCCCAACUGGAAAAGUUAGGUUUACUGUAUCUACUAGCCGAACCAGACUGUCCCAAAUGUGGGUGGUAACACAUGUUCUUUCCCGGGCUGCCAGCUGGGAAGAGUGAUAGAUAGAUACUAUUACGACACCUAAUAGUGUUUCAUGUAAGAUGGCAAAUGUAUUAAAGAAAAACCAGGAAAAUGAAUUUGGUUGUUUUGUUUUUAUCUUGUCUAUAGAGAUACUGGGAAUUACAGGUUUUCAAGGCCAUUUUUAUGUGUUUCUAGAUCUAGAUUUUCUUUAUUCCCUUGAAGUGUGCCCACGUUGGGUUUUGCUACAUGUGGUUUCUGUUUGCUUGUUUGUUUUUUUAAUUGUGCAGGUGUUCUUUUUAUAGCACACCUCAUUGUUACAGUGUGACUUUUAGUAGAAAGAUGAAUACAAAAUACAGCAGGGCACACCUUGUGAAUUUCACUGAAAAGGACGAGUUUUUGUGGUUUUGUCUGUCUUUAUAAUUUUAAAAUGAAAAUGUGAGAGGAAGCAGUUGUUGGGAAGGCGGCUCACAUUGACAACGUUUGCUUUUGAAGCAUUUCUCUGGUUUUGUGAUUCAAGAGAACCCCACAUUUCAUCUUUGACCUGCCUUAAUUCAGAAUUUCAUUUUUAUUUCUGAUAGAUUUCUGAGUGGUCCAGAUCCAGCUAGUUUAACUGACAUUUGUAUAUUCCUUUUACUCAUUCAGUGCUUUUUUUUUUUUUAAGGCUCAUGAACUGUUGUCAAAGAAGUAAAUGAAGUUAUGGUAGAAUAAAAUUGCUGUGCCAUAAACUAAUCCAACAUUGGGCAAAAUACUUAAACAAGAAUAUUUCUAGUUUGCCACAAUAAAACUUUAUUAUCAAAACA